UGGUAACGGAAAUGAAAAAUAUCACAGUGAGGCCGAAGAUGGCCCAUCCUGCAGGUCUAAAUUAACUAUUUAUACAAGCGAUAAGAGGGAACAAAUGAUAGGCCUUACUAAUAUUAUGGAAGACGAAACAGAAUUGCAAGAGUCAGAUGAUGAUAGUUUAUUAGAUCCAAAUUAUGAAAGUGACAACGAUUUUUCACAUCACUCGAGUGACAGCACUGCAAGUCAAAGGAAUGAAAAUAAUAAUAAGAAGAGUAGAAAGCGGAAACGACAAGAAAAAAAAUGGAAAAUCAAUGAACAACACAUGAAAGUAGUUUCUGGUUUAGAACAUAAAUCAAAAAAGAAGGUGAUCUCUAAAAAAACCAUAGGUCCGCCUUGUAAUAUUUCUUGCCGCCUUAAAUGCAGUGAAAAAGUUUGCCACGAGGAGAGAUUAAACAUUCAUGCCAGGUUUUGGGAUGGUACUAAAGACAUAAACCAAAAGAGACAGUUCGUCGCAUCCCAUGUAAAAGUUGUCCCAAUAUUAAGAAAGAGGCGUAGGACCGGAGCUAGAAAUGAUGCUAGAAGUCAUACCAGAAAUUAUUAUUUUGAAAUGAAUGAUUUGACCGUUCGUGUAUGCCGGACGUUUUUUCAUAAUACUUUAAAUAUUUCUCAAACUUUUGUAACCACUGCUUUAAACAAAAAAGAGCCCGGCGGUAUCAUUGCUGCAGAUGGGAGAGGUAAACAUGACCAACACGCCAAAACGCCUGAAUUCGUUAAGCAACAUGUUCAUGAGCACAUAGGGAAGUUUCCAGUUGAGGAAUCGCACUAUUCUCGAGAAAGAUCUGCUAGAAAAUUUUUGGGAAGUCAUUUAAGCAUCGCAAAAAUGUACAGAAUGUAUCAAGCAGAGUGUGAGGAAAAUAAUGUAGAGCAGGCUCAUAUCGCCAAAGAAUGGUUAUAUGCUGAAAUUUUUAAUACGAAAUUUAACCUCUCCUUCAAAUACCUAGAUAAUGACACUUGCGAUCAAUGUGAUCAUUUUUUAAUAAAAUUGCGUGAGGAACCUAGUAUAGUAGAAAAGGAAACUUUGCAGAAGGAAUAUGAUUUACAUUUAGAAGAAGCUUCAAAGAGGUAUAAGUUGAAGAAAGAAGAUAAACAAAAAUAUUUGGAAGAUAAAUUCAAAAGCAUAAUGGUUUGUGUUGAUAUGCAGAAGUGUCUUCCCCUACACCAGUGUUAA